GGAAGAAGUAAAUACACACUCUGAGCCCCACACAAAGCAAACAUUAGGAACACACUACAGCUUUGUGCUUAUUUCUGUCCAGAAUAAGCCCACACAAGCAAAGUGGACAACAGCACCUCAUAUUCCUCUUGGGUAUUUUGGGAUGCAUGAAAGAAUCCAAUCAAAACCGCCUCAAAAAAGGAGAUCUUUGCUGACGAUAGCAAGAUUGCUUUGAGAAGGCAACAGAGGAUUUCUUUCCUUGGACUGCUGUGGUUGUUGUGCUUUCAUGAUGAAGUCAUGCAGAUUUAUAAGAGGAAGAAUAAUAUUUGAGCGAACAAAAAAAACAUGCUUCAUGGCUAAGAUGUCCACAACCUUUGACCUAAGGGAAAUCAAAUAUAAUGGAUGCCAUCAGUUUUGUGAUGGGCGAGAGAACUGCUAAUCUCAGAGUGAAGCACAUGAAAGACUUGAUACAUGGUGCUCAUGUAGGACAUCCUGUGUCACCUACUGCAAGGGUCACUAUGCUGUACACAAUAGAAGAUGAUGAGGAUGUCUCAUUUACCAGAGCCAUUAUUGGGAAUUCUUCAGAAUUUCGAUUAAAUGAUAGAGCUAUCAGUCGAGCAGAAUACGCAAAUGAACUUGAAAAAAUUGGCAUUCUACUGAAGGGUAGAAACUGCCUGGUGUUUCAGGGAGCUGUAGAGAGUAUUGCUAUGAAGAAACCCAAAGAGAGAACACAAUUGUUUGAACAAGUCAGCAAUUCGGGGGAAUUGUCCAGUGAAUAUGAUAUGAAGAAGAAAGAAAUGCUAGAUGCAGAAGAAGAGGCUCGAUUCAAUUACAAUAAAAAGAAAAAUGCAGCAGUUGAGCGCAAACAUGCUAAGUAUGAGAAAGAAGAGGCAGAUCGUUACCAAGUAUUGAUUGAAGAAUUGAAAGAAAGCAAGAUUCAGUUGCAUCUCUUCCUUUUGUAUUAUAACGAGAUGUUUAUAGAAAAUUUAUGCAAUGAUCUGCAAGCAAAAAAUGAAGCUAUAAAUAGUCAGAAAAUCAGGCAGGCCAUGGUAGAAGAAGAAGCGAAAACUGUGAAGAAAGAGAUGGGUAAACUGAACCGAGAGGUGCAGCAAAUAGAGAAGGAGAUAAAAGCCCAUGAAUCUAAUCUGAAUGAGAAGCGGCCCAGCUAUAUAAAAGCUAAGGAGAACACAAGGCACCACGCGAAGAAGGUAGAGAUGGCUAAAAAAUCUAUGAAAAACUGUGAAAAACAGCACAGCAUCCACCAGCAGGAGGUGAAGGAAAUGGAAUCAGAACUUGAAGAUGUGAAAAAACUAUGGACAGAAUAUGAGGAAAAGGCGCAAGCAGAACUAAGCAGCAGAGGUCACAGCAUGGAACUGGAAGAGAGCCAAGCAGAAGAAUAUAAAGAACUAAAGGAACUAGUGAGAAAAAAAUUGUUUGCCAUGACCCAUGGGCUGGAGAAGUUACGAUUGGAACAGAAGUCUGAUCGAGACAAGUUGGAACUGGAAGAAAGAAACCAUAAAUAUUUGGAAGUUCGAAUUAGACACACAGAGCUGGAAAUAGACGAUUAUGUGAAAAGAUCAGAAAAGCUGGAAGACUAUAUUAAUAUCUGCAAAGCUUCUCUGGCUGAGCAGAAAAAACGGGAAGAAGACUUAACUAAUGAAAUACAGAAUGCAAAGCUACGUAUUAGUGAAGUCAGUGAAAAACUAAAUGAGGUAGCUGGUGAGCUACAGAAUGCUGGGAUUGCUCACCAUGAAGGACAUCGCCAGCAGAGGAAAGCUGAGAUACUUGAGAGUUUUAAACGUUUGUAUCCAGAUUCUGUGUAUGGAAAGCUUGUGGAUCUUUGUCAUCCUAUCCACAAGAAGUACCAGCUUGCUGUCACCAAAGUUUUUGGAAGAUACGUUAAUGCCAUUGUGGUUGCUACUGAGAAAACAGCCAGGGAUUGUAUUCGGUAUUUGAAAGAAGAACGAGCUGAGCCAGAGACUUUCUUAGCUCUAGAUUACCUUGAAAUAAAACCAAUCAAUGAACAGUUGCGAGAAAUUAAAGGAGCCAAAAUGAUGAUUGAUGUGAUUCAGUGUGUAUCACCACAGUUGAAGAAAGUGGUACAGUUUGUUUGUGGCAAUGGACUAGUAUGUGAAAACCUGAAAGAAGCCAGAAUGAUUGCAUUUGAUGGACCAGAAAGACUUAAGGCAGUGGCAUUGGAUGGAACACUCUUCCUAAAGUCUGGUGUUAUCUCUGGGGGCUCCAGUGAUCUAAAGUUUAAAGCCAGGUGCUGGGAUGAGAAAGGGAUCAGCCAGCUGAGAGAAAUGAAGGAUAAGCUAAAAAAUGAGCUUCGGGACCUGCUAAAAGUAAACAGGAAAGAAGCCGAAUUAAGGCACUUGCAGGCUCAAGCCAAGGGUACAGAGACCAGGAUGAGAUAUUCCUUGAGUGAUCUGGAGCAAACUAAGAAGAAGCAUUUGACUAAUCGUCAUAUGGAAAAGUCAAAACUAGAAAGUACAUUGGCUAAUUUGAAGUCCAAUUUGGCAGUUUUUAGAUCAAAUCUUGAAGGCCACGAGAUGAAAAUGCAGGAAAUGCAGUUCCAAAUGAAUGAAGUUGAAGAUAGAGUGUUUGAAGAUUUCUGCGUCAAGAUAGGUGUAGCAAAUAUCCGUGAAUAUGAGGACGAACAUGUGAAGCAAUUAGAAGAAAUUGCUCAGAAAAGGUCUGAGUUUGAGAACCAAAAAACACGGUUAGCAAUUCAGCUAGACUACUUGUAUGAUCAGAUUAAGGAGGAUAUCAAAAAAAUUCAUAAAUGGAAGGAAGCUAUUGAAAAAGACGAAAAAGAAAUAGUGAAAUUAAAGAAGGAGGAGUUGCAGUUAAUGAAAAUUGUAGAUGAAAUCAUGACGAUACAGCAGAAUCUCACUAACAAGCUUUUAAUUAAAAAGUCACAAGCCCAGGAUAUGCAAAAGGAAGUUGAUGAAGCCAGGAAGAAAGUAUCAAAUGCUGACAGAGAACUAGCAAAGCUUCAGAAAGAAUAUGUUUCUGUGGAAACCUCUAUAGAACAAAAAAGGUUGGAGCGACACAAUCUUCUAUUAGCCUGUAAAGUACAAGAUAUACAGAUUGAACUACUCCAAGGCAAACUGGAAGAAAUUAGUGAGGUUGGAACAGAAGUUGAAAGCACACAAGCUACAGUGGAUGUCUUUGAAUUGGAAGCUGGUUUUGAAAUAGACUAUAGCAGUUUACCAACAGAUCUGAAAGGCCUUACAUCGUUUAAAGAAACUGAAAUAGAGGAAAAUAGAUUAAAUAAGCUAUUGGAAGAGAAGGAAAAAUUUUUACACAGAACAACUGCACCAAAUAUGAGAGCAGUUGAAAAGCUGCAAAAUGUGUGGGAUAAGUUUCAAGAUUCAGUCCACGCAUUUGAAUUAAGUAGAAAGAAAGCUAGGAUCUGCAGACAGGAGUUUGAACAUGUCAAAAAGAGGAGAUACGAUUUGUUUAACCACUGUUUUGAGCAUGUCUCAGUGAAAAUUGAUCAGAUCUACAAGAUGAUGUGUCAGAAUAGCAGUGCUCAGGCAUUCCUCAGUCCAGAAAAUUCUGAAGAGCCUUAUUUGGAUGGUAUCGGUUACAACUGUGUGGCCCCAGGGAAACGAUUCAUGCCUAUGGAUAACUUAUCAGGAGGAGAAAAGUCUGUGGCAGCAUUGGCAUUGCUUUUUGCUAUUCACAGUUACCGGCCAGCCCCCUUUUUUGUACUUGAUGAAGUUGACGCUGCUUUGGACAACACAAACAUCGGAAAAGUUACAAGUUACAUCCGAGAACAAUCCAAAAAUAAUUUUCAGGUGAUUGUGAUCUCGCUAAAAGAAGAAUUUUAUUCAAAAGCUGAUGCACUAAUUGGAGUAUAUCCAGAGCAAGGCGAAUGUAUGUCCAGUCAACUUCUGACCUUUGACCUUACCCUUUACCCUGAAAAUACCAAAAUGGAAGAGAGGCAACAGCUUGAGGAAGACUAAAAUAACAUCUACAUUGGUUUAAUGCAUUGAGGGAAACAGUUGUCAUCUUUAAACAUGGUAGUUAACUAUUGUUUGCAAGACUGAGCAAGAAAUAGUUGCACUCACAUUCAUGAUUUUGAAAGUUUUAGUUGCUCUAAAAUUUAAAGAGAGAAGCAAUAAUAAGUGUUUAAUUAAUAUAAGAUUGAAUUGACCAGUUACUACUUGGCUAUUAAUUGUUCAGUUCCUCCAUCCCUAAAUGUUAAAAAAAAAAACUUAUUAGAUAUACCACAAUAUUGUGCUUCGUGCAGAGAACAUAAUAAUCACAUUUAUCCUUAAAUAGAGCUGCCAUAAAAAUGAAAAGUAUUAAUAAUGAUUUCACUAAAGGAUGUAAAGAUAGAUUAUAAAAUCUGCAUUGUUGUUAAUAUUGUAUUUCAGCAGUAGGAAAAAAAAUAUUUGUAGAGAACUAUUUUAAUUUAAUAAUGUUACAUUCUUACUAGUUUUGCAGUUCAUGUUUGCUCCCAAUGAAAGAUUGCCAUUUAUUCCCCUUGCAUGAACCUGUUUUUAUUACCAUAAUGCCAGCUACAAGUUAUUAUAAACUUGUACUGCAGGGAUCAGAUUAAAUAUGGCCCAUGUAUAAUCCAAUUGUUACUUUUAUUUAAACAUUGGGUACUUUUUGGCUAACAUCACCAACACAAAAUAGAUCGCUGAAAUUAUCCUAACAAUGGUACAAUAGCAGACCCAAAAUUAUGGAUCCAUGCAUCAAAUACUAAUAUCUGCAAUGCUUUGCAUUUUGCAGAAGCAGUUGAACUGUAAACAUUGUCUCCAUUUUCAAUUACAUUUAAAGCCUUUAAUUUUGUUUCUUAAUGCAUAUUACUUUUCUACUCGUGUAUUAUCUAAACAUAUGUACAUUUCAUUUGAUCUUAAAUUCAAGUUCAAUAUUUAAUGUCUGGAUGAUAAACUUUUACUUUGAUUUUUGUGCAGAAGUUAAAAUAAUUUAAAGUAAUCUUAAAAGUGGAGGCGUCAAUUUGCUUAACACUAAAUACCAGUAAGGAAUAAUGGCCCGUAUAAUCAAUCCAGGAAAAAAAUCAAACUAAUGGGAGAAAGCAAAUGUCAGAAAAUAGAGGGAGAGCCCUUUAAAAGUGAACAGAAGGAUCAGUGCCUGUACAUUAAGCGGCUGAUAGACAAAGGGGAAAAGAGAUAUUCGGUGACAUUAUUCCCAUGACAUGUAGGCAGGAAAGGCAGAAAAGAAUACCACAGAAAAAAGACAAGCGAGGCAGCAGAAACAAGCAAAACAUGAUUAGUUGUGCAAGAAACAAAUUACAGAUUGUGGAAUGAUGCAUAAAGAUAUACAGGAUCUAAAAGAUAAUGGUCAGAAAUGUUAAGUUUUAAAUGAGUGAUUAAGCAAUGCUUUUACAUUUUAUUGAAAUGUUGAGAAAUGUCAUUUUUCUUGUAUUCGACACAUUUUCUCAAAAUAAAAAUUGAGUUCUCUGUUUAUUCAUACGAUUUGUACUACAGAAAAUUGAAAGGUCAAUGUUAACACCAUGUAUUAAUCAAAGCCAGUGCCUUGAUGUUGUACACGGGAUCUGGGGGUUCAUCAGUCUAUGAAAGUAAGCAUGUAGAUACAGCAGG